AUGGUUCCCGUUCCUCCCGGUGCAAAAGUGUGGCUUGUCACGGGCUGUGCCUCUGGCUUGGGGCGUGAGGUGGUGGUGGCCGCAUUGGCGCAUGGAGACUGCGUGAUCGCCACGGCUCGCAACCCCGAGCGACUGGCUGAUCUCGAGAAGAAAGGCGCCUGGACGUUGGCGCUGGAUGUGACCGCCAGUCAAGACGAGCUGAGCGCCGUGGUGACCCACGCGCUGGACGUGUAUGGAACUAUUGACGUCCUCGUGAAUAACGCGGCGUAUCUGCUGGAAGGCGCCAUCGAAGAGUGCAGAGAGUACAACACUAACGUAUUCGGCAUGCUGCGCGUCCUGCGUGCUGUACUGCCGCAUAUGCGCGAGAAACGAUCGGGUGUUGUAGCAAACGUAGGCUCGGCCGGUGGCUGGAAGGGGAUCCCAGGUAUCGGUCUCUACGGCUCGACCAAGUUCGCCAUCGCUGGUAUCACGUUGGCUCUGCGUGAAGAAGUGGCUCCACUAGGCAUUGAAGUGACAGUGGUGGAGCCUGGCGCACGUCCAUUUUGGGCAAGGGGUUCAUUCCUGCAAGGACUACCAUUGAGGAUUUUGCGCCACUCACGCAGCCGCUGACAACGCACGUUGCCAGUUUCAGUGGCAAGCAACCGGGAGACCCGGCCAAGGCUGCACAGCUCAUGGUCGAAGCACUAACCAAGACUGGACGUUGUAAGGGCAAGACACUGCCUAUAAUAGUAGACUGCUUCUUGGCAAGGAUGCCGUGAAGCUUGGACAGUGCGUACUAAAGCAAAACAAGCGCGAGCUGGAUGAGUGGGCAGAACUGGCGGGUUCGACAGACUUUGCGGACGCCAGCAAGCCGUAGAUUCGUCCACAG